UUACUGAAGAGUGUAGACGUCGUGUCGUACAUAGCCGAUUAAUUAGCGAGUUUUGUUUGUUUGAAGCUAACCAUACUUAUCGUUACAGUUUUCCUUAUUCUUCUGAUCAGUUUGUGUGUACUUGGUGAGAAAGCAGCUGCUGUUUCUAUACUUCGACGCGAUAAAAACAAGUGUCUUCAGUUAUAAUGAACGAAGCUGUGUGGAUUUGACGCGUCGCGUUGUUCUCUUUCAGUAUAUCGAUCCGUCUGUUUACCAUAUUCAUACCAUGUUUUCACGAUGAAACCAGCCCGAGGGUCAGGAAGGGCCUCCACACGGGGCCCCAGAGGAGCCGCAGAUAGGAACACACACAAGACUGAUAAAACGUCCAAACUCAGAGCUGAAGGCCCACGUCCAGAGCCAUCUCAGAAACACAGCGCAAAGAAUAAGAAUAAGGGAAGCUGGAAGCCGCUGACCAAAUCGUCCCUGCUGUUUCUGGAGAACAUGCUCAGUUUGUCUGUUCUGUCUAUACUGGCAUUGAAAAGCAAAGAAAAAGAAGAAUCGCAGAAGCAUCUCAACCUCCUCAAAGACCAGUUCCUGGCUAAGUGUGCACAGCUUUCUGUUCCCCCGAGGAAACAUGGAGAUAUUAUGCAUGUGUCCCAUCAGUUCAAAGCAGAGAGUAAGAAGUCUGAGAACGGCAGAAAGACGCUUGUGGCUCUAGAGGAGAACGUGCGUUCGAUUGUUAGCACUCUGGAGGAGAUGGAGGUGCAGAUGGAUAGUUUGGAGGAGAAAUGCAGGAUAAUGAGACGCAGACUGGAGGAGGAAGAGGAGAAGGCACAGGAGUUUCUCCAGCUGUCAGAGCAGACGGUCCUGCGUCUUCCUGCUUUACCGUCUCGCCCGGCCAGCGAGCCGACGCUACAGGAGCACCUCAUGAAGCUCGUCCCUGAUCCUCCGGCGGUGGUCAGAACGCUUCGGACGGCUCCUGUCCUCGAGGAUGUGAGGGCCUUUCUGGAGCUCGCGCAUAAACAGGUGGAUGCAGAGACACAGCCCUGGACUGACCGUCUCAGACAAAGAAACUAAACUUUACACACAGACGACGGCUGAUAAACAAAAUACCUGCUUGUUUAUUUGAAAACGACAAGUUUGCAUUGAGAACUAGGCAGAAAUAACAUUCUAAUCAAGCAUUAAUGCUGCAAUAUCAAUGAUUCACUUUAAUGGGAAACUUUCUGCUGUCUGGUAAAGUGAUCAACAACUUCAUCUCAAUCUUUAAAAUGAAGACGUGUCAUGUUUGGUUUGAUGUCUGAUCCUUUGUUUUAAAUGUUUUGCUAAUAAUCUGGUUGAAAACUUUCUAUGUAGGGCACAUUUAUUUUGCAUAAUAUAAGAGAACAUUCUUAAUGCUUAAUUUAAGCGAGAAAUGACCAGCCUUUAGUUACAUUAAGGAAAGCCUUGCAUUUGCUGGUAAGUUCAACGCAUCAUAAUUAAAUCCAAGAUUAAAACAAUCAGUUACAGAAUGGCUCUUGUUUUAAAUGUUUGUUAAUAAUUUUGGUGAAAACUUUCAGAAAACAAAGGAACAAAAGCUGUCACUGGGGCUGUACCUCUUCAUAAGGUGCACAUUUGUA